AUGACUAAUACUACUGCUAAGCGGCCCUCAUUAUCUUCACCGGAGACUGCUGCAUGCAGUCAUCCACUUCAGCUUCUUCAUGUUGAUCUCCAUGGUCCAGUUCCUACUACAGGCAUUUCACAAGAAAGAUACUAUUUGAUUAUUGUUGAUGGAUAUACUAAGUACAAACCAGUUAUUCCAGUUAAUACCAAGGCUGAAACUGUUACCCAUUUGAUUAAUUUUAUUACAUCAGCUGAAACAUUCAUUUCCCCAUAUGGUCAGUGGAGAGUUGUCAUUGUUAGAAGUGAUAAUGGUGGUGAAUUUCUUAACCGUAGACCAUGA